UUAGCCGCCUCUGUAAAGCGGUUGCUGGGAGGGCAGUAGGACCAGUGGGAGUGGUGACUGUAAUUGGAAACCAAAGCUUUCACCGGCAGGGCUCAGCUACUUUCCAUUCACUCUUAGGUGCUUAAUUAAGGAAUGGGGAGAAGAGCUCCCGGUGCCUGAUUGCAAUAAGGAUUAUUUUUCAAAGAAACUGGGAGUACGUUUGCAACUGCCAGGAGGAAAAGGCUUUCUGCAGUGAGCCAGGUUUGGAAUUAAAGUGUUCUGGUAAAAGGAGCGGAGUCCAUGCACUGAUAGAAAUUUGAUGGCAUUGCACGACUGAUCCCUUCAGUAGCUGGGUUUUAUUUCUUGGAUAAUAAGUUUCACAUCUGAAGAUAUGGCACUUCUAGCAGUCCCUGUGUUGAUUGGGAUGUUUAUUUACUCUAGCACUGUAAAAGGAUCCUCACAGCCUCAGGCCAGGGUGUUCUUAACAUUCAAUGAGCUGCAGGAAACCAAGACCUCUGAAUAUUAUCGUAUAUCCCACCACCCACUCGAUUACAGGAUAUUAUUAAUGGAUGAAGAUCAGGACCGGAUCUAUGUGGGCAGCAAAGAUCACAUUUUGUCUUUGAAUAUUAAUAAUAUAAGCCAGGACCCUCUGAGUAUUUUCUGGCCAGCAUCAGCAAUCAAAGUUGAAGAGUGCAAAAUGGCUGGCAAAGAUCCUACACAUGGCUGUGGAAAUUAUGUACGUGUGAUACAGACCUUCAAUCGCACCCAUUUGUACGUCUGUGGGAGUGGAGCAUUCAGCCCAGUAUGCACAUACCUCAACAGAGGGCGCAGGUCUGAAGAGCAAGUCUUCAUGAUCGACUCCAAGUGUGAAUCGGGGAAGGGGCGCUGUUCUUUCAACCCUAAUGUGAACACAGUAUCUGUUAUGAUCAACGAAGAGCUGUUUUCAGGAAUGUACAUAGAUUUCAUGGGGACCGAUGCAGCAAUUUUUCGCAGUUUAACCAAACGGAAUGCAGUGAGAACUGAUCAACACAAUUCUAAGUGGCUGAGUGAGCCUAUUUUUGUGGAUGCUCAUCUCAUCCCAGACGGCACAGACCCUAAUGAUGCCAAAGUGUACUUCUUCUUCAAAGAGAGGCUUACAGACAACAGUGGCAGCACCAAACAGAUUCAUUCAAUGAUUGCUAGAAUAUGCCCAAAUGAUACUGGUGGACAGCGUAGUCUUGUAAACAAGUGGACAACUUUCUUGAAAGCAAGACUUGUGUGCUCAGUAAUGGACGAGGAUGGAACGGAAACAUACUUUGAUGAAUUAGAGGAUGUAUUUCUCCUAGAAACAGAUAACCCUAGAACAACACUGGUGUAUGGAAUUUUUACAACAUCAAGCUCUGUAUUUAAAGGUUCAGCAGUGUGUGUGUAUCACUUGUCUGAGAUCCAAACAGUGUUCAAUGGACCCUUUGCACAUAAGGAAGGUCCUAACCACCAGCUAAUUCCAUAUCAGGGCAGAAUUCCAUAUCCACGACCUGGCACAUGUCCUGGAGGAGCCUUUACACCCAACAUGCGGACAACCAAGGAAUUCCCCGAUGAUGUUGUAACCUUUAUUAGGAAUCACCCCUUGAUGUUCAAUCCCAUUUACCCAAUACACAAAAGGCCAUUAAUCAUUCGGACAGGAACAGACUACAAGUAUACAAAGAUAGCAGUGGACCGAGUUAAUGCUGCUGACGGACGAUACCAUGUCUUAUUUCUUGGAACAGAUCAGGGGACUGUACAGAAAGUUGUUGUCCUACCCACCAACUCUUCUGCAAGUGGAGAGCUCAUUUUAGAAGAACUGGAGGUUUUUCAGAAUAAUGCUCCCAUAACAACAAUGAAGAUUUCAUCUAAAAAGCAACAAUUAUAUGUGAGCUCAGAUGAAGGGAUCACGCAGGUAUCUUUGCAUCGCUGCCAUAUCUAUGGAACAGCCUGUGCUGACUGCUGCCUAGCCAGAGAUCCUUACUGCGCUUGGGAUGGCAAUUCCUGCUCCAGGUUCUACCCAACAGGGAAGAGGCGGAGUCGUAGACAAGAUGUGAGACAUGGAAAUCCUAUGACUCAGUGCCGAGGAUUUAACUUGAAAGCGUACAGAAAUGCAGCAGAAGUCAUUCAGUACGGAGUGAAAAACAACACCACCUUUCUUGAGUGCACCCCUAAAUCUCCCCAGGCGUCCAUUAAAUGGCUCUUACAGAAAGACAAUGACCGAAGGAAAGAGGUCAAACUUAAUGAAAGGAUCAUAUUGACUGAGCAAGGACUCUUGAUUCGCUCUGUCCAGGAUACUGAUAGAGGACUCUACCAUUGCAUCGCAACAGAGAACAGCUUCAAGCAAACCAUAGCAAAGAUCAACUUCAAAGUGUUAGAUUCAAAUAUGGUGGCUUUCAUGACUGACAAGUGGUCCCCCUGGACCUGGGCCAGCUCUAUACGAGCACUGCAGUUCCACCCAAAGGAUUUUGUUGGAGCUUUCAGCCAUUCAGAAAUGCAGAUGAUUAACCAAUACUGCAAAGACAGUAGGCAGCAAGGACAGCGCGGAGAAGAAUCCCAGAAGAUGAGAGGGGACUAUGGCAAGUUAAAGGCCCUGAUUAAUAGCAGGAAAAGUAGGAACAGAAGGAAUCAAUUACCAGGGUCUUAAUUUUUUCAUUUGGAGCCUCAGAUGUGUUUGUUCUCCCUACAGGGGGCUCUUGUUUGUCUGUUGAGAGCAUAUUAAAAUAAAAAUUAGUAAAGCAUGCCUGAGAAACAUUCUUCUCCCAGUAAAAUGCAGUGUAACUUAAUUAGAGAAAAUAUAAAACCAGCAUUUUCUUUGUGAGAUGCUCACUGGCAUUGCAUAGGUCCCUAUUGUAGCAGCAAAACUGAAUAUUUCCCUUAACCCAUUUGAUAUCCUGAUAUUUACUUACAGUUGAAGAGAAAGAAAGAAAGAAAAUCAGUGCAUUAAUUUGCAGUUUUGGAAUUGAGCAGAACAGAAAGGGAGAGAGAUAAUUUGGGUUACGAUGGUUGUUCAAAUGAGGGUAAUGCCCUGGGGUUUCUUGCACUGCAUUUAAGUCUAUGAGUUUCUAAUUGUUUACGGUUCAAUGUUGGGUUUACAAUUUUCAUUCACUGUACAAGUCAUGUGAAAGCAUGAAGCUAAGAAGCUGGCAAAAGUAAAGUACAGUAGAAGUGGAUAGGACAGGGGAAAAAACUGAAGGUCAAAUUAAAGUAAAAGUAGGACAAAAAGAGAAAAAAUGGUUUUAUACCUCAGGAAACACUGAUUAUUGUUCAUUAUAUGAGCUGUAAUACAUUCUAAGACAUAAUUUACAAAUAUCUCUGCUCAUUUUGACAUCAAAGAGCAUAUUUGCCCUAAAACACUUCAUAGCUUCGUAAGCAACAUGAGGACUCUGAUUAUAGGUAACAUUUUCAAAAGUAACUAAGUCACUUAGGUGCUUUUCAAAAAGGUUACCUUCCUGUGAGCAGAAUGUAGAUAUAUAGUACAACAUUUCCUCAAAUACUAGAACCACAGAUUUCUUUUAUAAUGUCCCAAAUGAUAAAGGUUAGAGCUGGUUGAAAGAUGUGGAGAAAAAAUCAUGAAAAAUUUUGAAAGUUUCAAAAGCAGUAUCUUUUCAAAGUUUUCCAAGAGAGCUGACUACAAAAUGUUCAGAAAACUGCUUUCCAAAAUUAUUUGAUUUAAAAAGUAUCCAGUUUUCAAUUUUUUCCGUUCUUUCAUCCUUUUCUCCUUUUUUAUUAACCCAUAUGCUAUUUGUUGCUGAGAAGGGGAAAACAAGGGUACGGUUUAGAAAGGGGCAAAAAAGAAAACUGAAAAAAUAUUUUUUGUCCAAAAAAAAGAGGAACAUUUCAAAACAAAAUUUUUGGUGACAUUUUCAUUUUCAAAAGCCAUUUUUCAGCAAAAACAUUAAAAAAAAAAUCUUCACCAGCUCAUGAUUUGUAACAUGCCAGAUAGAACUGGUUGAAAACUUGGUGAAUGUCUUUCUGUCCAUUCAUCCAGUUUGGUACAAAAAUGUCACCAUUUUCCAACCAUCUGUAGUGCAAAAUAUCAGGGGCAAAUCCUGCUAGCCUUACAUAUGUGAGAAGUUUCCUGGGGUCCACUAAGAUUAUUCACUACACUCAGUUAUUAGCAACAGAUAGCAUCACAGAAUAUCACAUGUAACGCAAUGACAUUUUACGACUGUCUGCAGCAAAAUAAGCUAAUUAAAGAUAUUAUAUAUUCAACCAAAAUAACAUUCUUUUAUGAUGAACUGAGGAAAAAUAACUUCUAAACCCAGAGGCGGUUUUAAAAAAAAAAUGCCAGCAGUUCUAAUAAAAUCAUGCCUUCAAAGGAAGUAUCUAUAUCUAGCGGUUCUCAACCUGUGGGUCAGGACCCCAAAGUGGGUUGCAACCCUGUUUUAAUGGGGGUCACCAGGGCUAGAAUUAGACUUGCUGCGGCCCGGGGCCCUUGGUCUUUGGCUUUGCUCCCUACAAACUGGGGUGGUGGACUUUGGUCCCCUUCUCUCGGGGCAGUAGAACUGAGGCAGGCUCAGGCUUCAGUCUCUCCUCCAGGGGUCAUGUAGUAAUUUUUGUUGUCAGAAGGCGGUCGCAGUGCAAUGAAGUUUGAGAACCCCUUAUUCUAUCCAUUAUUCUUUUAACUUUAUUUUAAAACAGUGGAAGCUUUUGGGGCAUGAUUCUUAUCCCACUUCCUUUGGUGUAUAUCAGGAGUAAGUCUACUGAAGUGAGUAGAAUUACUCAAGCUUUACACUAGUGUGAUGAAGAGUCUGUCACAAUUGCAUUAUUCUGGUUUCAAACUGAUGCAUUGGCAGUCAGGCGUGUUACCAUUUUGCCGUUCAGUGAUGGAACAGCUGGGAAAUAUGCCUUGAUUCAGCAGAUCACGGAAGCACAGACUUAUGUCCCAUUGUCAUCAGUGGGACCACUCAUAAUUAACUGCAAGCUUAGCACAGGCUGAAUUGCUUUGCUUAAAGGGGGUGGAAUGGCUCAUGUGCUUAAAUCUGAGCCUGUAUUUAAGUGCUUUCCUGAAUCGAGGCCUAAAUGCAUAUUAGUGAACUGUAUACACUGGUGUAUAGUGGCCUGAAUCAAAGGCCAUGGAAACCAGUGGGAAGAUUCUCAUUGAUUUAAUUGAGCUUUGGAUCAGGUCUCAAGAGCUGGCAGGGUAGAUUCAACAAAGAUUAAAUUAAAAUGAGUAAAUGAAACUCAGUUUUUGCCAGGUGUCUUGCAGUGGAGAAAAUAUCCAUUUGGUAGGAAGGGAGACUUUCUGAAAGUUCAAUCCUUAAGUUACAAUCCAAAAAGUUGUUUUGGGCUCCACAAAACAAAACUACCUCCUAGACUGACAUUAGUUCAUAUACUCUGUAUGCUGCACUUGGUCUUCCAAUGUUAUCCAGGAGAUUCACUGCACAGUUAGUAUAACAUUAAUGUCUGUUGUGAGGCUCGUAAUUGAUUCCAGAUGAAAUAUGGCAUUUAAUAAGCAUUUAAGGGUACGAUUUAUUCUUUAAGCGGUUGACUACAGUGAUAUUUUAAUAAGCCCCCAUUAGGGCUCAAAAAUGAUAGUUGCAUUGUUUAUAACUGAAUAUUGGCAAUAUGGGAUUCAGUUAAAACAAUCAGCGUAGCUCUGAGUUUCAUAUGAUUAUAAAAUAAUAUUUUUAAAGCUGCUUUACAUACAAUUCUUAUGGUAUGACUGUUUAAGGGAUUACACUUAAACUAACAUUUUUCUGCUGCAUGAAAACUUGUGUAUACAUAACAAACUUCUGUCAAUGUGUAGCCAGUCCAGCCUUCCAUGCUUUAGCAGGUCUCCUCUGUGUAUAAUGUAGGUAAGGACUAGAUUUUCAGCAGGUGUAAAUAGGUGUAAUUUCCUUGAUGUCCAUAAAACUACAGGGAUUUAUACCUGCUGAGGAUCUGGCCCUAAAUGUACAGGCUAGACUUACUACAAGUUUUUUCUUUUUAAAGUAGACCCCGGUCCCCAUUUGUAUGUAACAUGGACAUUUAAGAUUGUAAUAUUGUUUGUGCUAUUUAAUAACUUCCUAUUUUGAGGAUUACUGAAUAAUGUAUAUAAUUUUAUUCCUUUUUUUAAAGAAACACCUCCGAGAUAGAACUUUGCCAAAUGUAAAGAUAAGUUCUCUGUCAAGAACUCCAUCAGUACUUUUUUUUGCUGUUUUUAUUUUGUGUAGUUUGUAAAGUUUGCUGAAAUUCUGAUUUAGCAAUGUGCUCUUUGAAGCCUCAGUACUGUACAUAAACAUGUUUCGUUCAGAAAACUCUCUUUUUAAGAAGUGUAGGUAUGUGUAUAGUUCCUAGCAUGAUGAAACUGUCAUUACAGUGAAUAUUCAUUAUAUCCUGUGAAAGAAAGAACAAAAUGUAGUUUAACACAGUGCUAUUUAAUUGGAAUUAUUCUUUGCCUGACAAAAUAAAGUGUGUUGAAACCA